AGCAGCAGUGAAAGGAUAAACCUCUUUGCCCAAAACCCUAAUUUCUCGACAGCCACCACAAACCCUAUCUGGGUCAGUUCUUUGCUCAUCUUCUACUAGCUCUUUACUUUCUUUGCUUGGUCCAGUUAUAAUUAAGCUUCAAAUUUGGUUUUCAUAUCUCAGAGGUCGAAUAAAUGGCGUCAAGCUUUACUGCUAUGUCCUCAGUUGGAUCCCUGGUUGCUCCUAGUGUGGAUAAGAAGCUUGCAUCUACUUCAAACAGGUUGUCAUCUUUUGCCUCCAUCUCUGCAACCUCAUUAGAUAGAAGGCACAAUGUAGUUUUACGGAAAUCGCGUACUCUCAAAGUUUCUGCCAUGGCCAAGGAGUUGCAUUUCAACAAGGAUGGGUCAGCAAUCAAAAAAUUGCAAACUGGUGUCAACAAACUGGCUGAUCUAGUUGGGGUUACCCUUGGACCUAAAGGACGGAAUGUUGUUCUUGAGAGCAAGUAUGGCUCCCCAAAAAUUGUGAAUGAUGGUGUCACUGUUGCUAAAGAGGUUGAAUUGGAGGAUCCAGUUGAGAACAUUGGUGCCAAGUUGGUGAGACAGGCAGCCGCCAAGACGAAUGACUUGGCUGGUGAUGGGACCACUACAUCAGUUGUUCUUGCUCAAGGCCUUAUUGCUGAAGGUGUCAAGGUUGUUGCUGCUGGAGCAAACCCUGUAUUGAUCACUAGAGGUAUUGAGAAGACCUCAAAGGCUCUAGUUGCCGAGCUUAAGUUAAUGUCAAAAGAGGUUGAAGACAGUGAGCUUGCAGAUGUAGCAGCUGUUAGUGCAGGCAACAACCAUGAAGUAGGGAAGAUGAUAGCUGAAGCCAUGAGUAAAGUGGGUCGUAAGGGAGUGGUAACUCUUGAAGAGGGAAAAAGUGCUGAUAACCACCUCUAUGUGGUUGAGGGAAUGCAAUUUGAUCGAGGUUAUAUCUCACCUUAUUUUGUAACGGACAGUGAAAAAAUGGCAGUUGAAUUUGAGGGCUGCAAGUUGCUUCUCGUUGAUAAAAAAAUAACAAAUGCAAGGGAUCUCAUUAAUGUUUUGGAAGAUGCAAUCAGAGGUGGAUACCCAAUUCUUAUCAUUGCUGAAGACAUCGAGCAGGAGGCUCUGGCAACUCUAGUUGUUAAUAAGCUUAGGGGCUCAUUGAAGAUUGCUGCUCUGAAAGCUCCUGGUUUUGGAGAGCGCAAGAGCCAGUAUCUUGAUGACAUUGCAAUUUUAACUGGAGGAACUGUUAUCCGAGAUGAGGUAGGGCUUGCAUUAGACAAAGCUGGGAAAGAGGUCCUAGGCCAUGCUUCUAAAGUAGUACUUACCAAGGAUACUACUACAAUUGUUGGCGAUGGAAGCACCCAAGAAGCAGUAAACAAGAGAGUUGCACAAAUUAGAAAUCUCAUCGAGGCUGCUGAACAAGACUAUGAGAAGGAAAAACUCAAUGAGAGAAUUGCAAAACUAUCAGGUGGUGUUGCUGUGAUACAGGUUGGAGCACAAACAGAGACGGAGCUUAAAGAAAAGAAGUUGAGAGUUGAAGAUGCUCUUAAUGCAACAAAGGCAGCUGUAGAGGAAGGUAUUGUGGUUGGCGGUGGGUGCACCUUGUUGAGACUUGCAUCAAAGGUGGAUGCCAUUAAAGAUAGCUUUGAUAAUGAUGAGGAAAAGGUUGGAGCAGACAUUGUGAAGAGAGCUCUUAGCUAUCCACUGAAGCUAAUUGCCAAGAAUGCAGGAGUUAAUGGAAGUGUGGUUAGUGAGAAGGUGCUCUCCAGCGACAAUCCAAGAUUUGGCUACAAUGCUGCCACUGGGAAAUAUGAAGAUCUAAUGGCUGCUGGUAUUAUUGAUCCAACUAAGGUGGUUAGAUGUUGUCUGGAGCAUGCAUCAUCAGUAGCCAAGACGUUCUUGAUGUCCGACUGUGUAGUUGUUGAGAUCAAGGAGCCAGAACCAGCGCCUCUAGCCAAUCCAAUGGAUAACUCAGGAUAUGGAUACUAAGAUCACUAAUCAGCAGCAGCAAAUAAAUACGGGAGUUGCAGAAGUGCAAGAAUUAGUUGAAUAGGGAUGAGCUAUUUUUGUAAAUUUUAGUAAUUGCAUAUUCUGAUGAGCUAGGUUACUACUGCCUGGAUUGCGGCGUGAAGUGAAUUGUAAUUUGUACAAUUGCAAUGAUUUUGAACACUUGGGGAGUCCUAUGUAAUCAAUCUUUGUUCAUCAUAUGCUGCUGUGUGUUUCACAGGUUCGGAA